AUGCUUUCUCACAAUGUCCUUUCCGCUACGAAGCGGAAUCAUCAGUGUCACUCCAUUAGAGGCUAUUUGACAACGUAUGUGAUGGCUACACGAAGGAGCAUUGGCACCGCAUCUCGAGACUACAAUGAAGCGCUUAAGUUGCUGUCUACACUCUAUUCAAAUCGUCAGAUUACCAAUUUAUUCGACAAGCCCAACGCAAAAAAUGCCUCACCCAAGCCAGUCAAAGACUUGAAUGCGCUGGCUAUUCCUGAGAUGCGCGAAUGGCUUCGGCGCGCUGGCUAUGAACCAAAGGAUCUCGCUCGCCUUAAGCACAUUCACAUAGCAGGCACAAAGGGCAAAGGAUCUGUGAGUGCGUUUGCAACGGGGAUGCUACGACAGUAUGAAACUGUCGGGACAUAUACGAGCCCGCAUCUCGUAAGCCCCCGCGAGCGCAUCGCUAUCCAGGGAGAGCAGGUUUCUCAAGCCCUAUUCGCAGAUGCUUUCUUUGAGCUUUGGGAGCGAUUGUCCGACGCGGCUAAGAAGGAAGGACAAACUAUUACGGACGCCAAUGGGCCUAACUCCAAACCCUUCUUCUUCCGUUUCAUGACGCUUCUCGCCUGGCACAUUUUCUUGAGUGAAAAGGUCGACAGCGUUGUUCUCGAAUGCGGGAUUGGGGGCGAAUAUGACGCCACGAAUGUGGUCCCCCUAGAGGCUGUCUCUGCAGCUGUCAUCUCGCAAUUGGGCAUAGAUCAUGUUGCGAUGCUGGGUAAUACAGUUGAGAAGAUCUCAUGGCACAAGGCAGGCAUUCUCAAACCAGGCAUUCGUGGUUUUGUGCGCCGUAUCGAUGAGAAGCCCCGUGUGAGAAAGAUCCUUCAAAAAAGAGCGACAGAGAAGGGCGCUGAGCUUAUAGAGCUUGCUGACGCCGAUGUUGAACGGUGGGGAGGUGUGGCUGGAAGACUGCCAGGCGACUUCCAGAAGUAUAACCAAGCUCUCGCUGUUCUUGCUGUACGUCAACAUCUGGGCAUGGACAUUGAGCCGACGACGGCUUUGCUGAACCUCCCCGACAAAAUGAUCACUGGACUCAAAGAGGCAAGCCUCAGGGGACGUUGUGAGAUAAUCCAGCAGGGUCAUAUCAAGUGGCAUCUUGAUGGUGCGCAUACCGAAGACAGCAUGCAAGAGGUUGCAAAAUGGUUCGCUGCCAGCAUUGGCAAAAAAGAAACAGCAAUACUAGUGUUCAACCAACAGGAGCGGGAUGCAUCACAGCUUUUGGAAGUUUUGCUCAAAACUAUUGAAGAAGUUACCGGGCGGAUUAAUGUUUUUAGACAUGCAUUCUUUACAAGAAACGAUCAGGAGAAAGCAUCUAAUGGCAAAGCUAGAGACUUGAAAGUACAGACAAGAGCUGCAGAGUCAAUGGGCGAUUGGGUAGCCGGGUGUCACAUCACGGUGGUUGACAAUGUUCAAGAAACAGUUGCCGAUGCAAGACAAGUCGCUGGGCCAAAUCAAAAGGUUUUGGUAACAGGGAGCAUGCAUCUUGUGGGGGGUAUAUUACGAGCCUUAGAGCCUGAGGGUCUAUUGUAA